UUAAAGCAAAGACAUUUUUUCGUCGACCGCUUACCUAACAACUACCCAAACUACCCAGAGGAAAGGAAUCGAAAGCAAGGCUAGCGCCCACCGCCACGCAAACGGCAUUACGGCAAUGGCGCUCGUCGAUCCCAAGGCCGGUGAAGCCUCCUCCACCGUCACUGCCCACCACCUGUUCGUCGUCGUCGUCGACGGCGUGGAGACGGCCAUCCACGAGGGCACCCUCACCGCAAGUCUCGGCGGCACGGUCACCGUCGCCAGCGCCGGGAGCCUCUCCGCGAACGGCGUCCGGAGCGUCGUCGUGCGCGGCGGAGGCGGGGGCAGCGUCGUCUUCACCCUGUGCGGGGACGCCGCCGCCGAGGGCGUCGACUCCGCGUCGUUCGUCCGGUGCGCUGCGGCGCGGGUGGACGGCGCGCGGGCGGUGUCCGUCACGCGGUGCCGCGCCGCGGAGGUGGAGCAGGCCGGCAGGGUGUCCCUCGAGCGGUGCCGCCAGGCGCGGGUCCGGGGCGGCGGCGCGCUGCGCGCCGCCAGGUGCAGGCGCACCGACGUGGAGAGCUUCGGCGAGGUGCGCCUGGCGCGGUGCAAGGCCGCGCGCGUCGACUGGUGCGGCAGCGUGGUGGUCGAGAUGUGCAGGGCGGUGGACGUCAGCCGGUGCGGGGCCGUGACCGGCGGACGGUGCCGGGUGGUGAACGCCGUCGGGUGCGGCGGCGUUGAGGUGGCCCAUGCCGUGGUGAACAUUCUGGAGGAAGAGCAACCACAAGCACAACAUCCCGUCUCUCCAUCACACUCCAGUCGAUCCAGUGAUAGUGAAUAAAAACUUACCACCAGUAAGCAGCUUGUCUGAAUUUGUGAAUCUGGUGUAGUACUCCGUAUGUUUGAAAUUGAAUUGCCUCAACAUGAAUUUGCUCCCCAGUUUUGUGCUUCCCAGUUCGAUUUAAUCCUUGUCACUUUUUAUUGGUAUAGUUUUAUGUGUUCAACCUUAUGUGUUAAGCACUUUCAGAAUAUAUGUUCUUCGUAGGGGCCUGCCAUGUGAUUUUGUUCAAAAUGUAUUCUU